UCAAGGAAAUUAAAAGUAAAUAUCCUGUGUCGUUUGUAGGGACAAGGAUUGGGAACACACAGAACCCCCCAUCUGUCCUCGGAAAGAUAAGGUUAUGUGGGCAUGAACUAAUAAACACAUUCAUACUUAGUUGCAUUUUUUCAAAAGAAAAAAAGAAGUCGGAAAUGGCAGAAGCCAGGCAUUUGGUAAGAAACAUCAACCAAAUUCCAAAAUCAUUAAUCCAAGCAAAGCAGAAAUCCCAUAAGCUGCACUCUCAGACUCUGAGAACGAGACAUUCUUCUGCUCCCAGAAAGCAAGACUUCUCUCUGAUUACGAAGAAAGCGUCGAGGAGUCCUCGUCGUUUAAUCUCGAUAUCCACGAAGGAUGGGAGAUGGGAUGGAGACUGGAGCUGUGACUUCCUCAUCUCUCUCAAAGACCUCCGCUUAAGUGACUUGGUUGAAGAUGAACAUAAAAAUGCUCAAGUUUCUAUUAAUCUCCGCAUCCAAAAGCAUGCAAGUUUUGGUCUGUCUGUGGAUGGAAGGAUCAUUACCUCCUUCACAAGAAAAUGCAGCUACUGUUCUUCCCCAUAUUGCAGAGAGAUUGAUACCAACUUCAAUGUUUGGGUUCUAUCCUCAAGUAGGGACAAUGAUGCUGCCCAAUUACCUGAAAUUGGUGGCGAUGAUCCUUCAUUAAGUCACUAAACUCUCUCAUUUUUCUUUUCUUUUCCUUUUUACAUUUAUUUUCUUGUUUGAACGAAAAUGACAUGUUUUUUACAUGUAUAAUAACUAGUGAAAUUCUUAUUUUUCAGUUCGAACUUACUUUUAUAAUUUUUAUUGUUAGUUUGAAUUGAAAAGAAUUUUCCCAUAACAAGUUCACUAACAAGGAAUAAUGCAUCGGACUCUACAGGUUAUCUAUGUGAAACCAGGUAAUGAAGCAAACCUUGAUUCAUUGAUACAGGACACGAUCCGGCUUGCAACCUUUACCAGGGACACUUGCUCAGAGACAUGUGAGAAAUCUGAACCUAUCGUGCAAUAUGUUGGAAGACAGAAUGUUGCUUCACUUGAGAAGAGAUGGUAUAGACUUCUUGAGCUGAGGAAUACAAUAUAAGAUAAAGC